GCCAAGACAGGACCGCCCGCCACACCCGCAUCAGGAAGAAGGUUGAAGGGACACCAGAAAGGCCACGAUUGUCCGUGUUCCGAUCCAACAAGCAUCUCUCUGUUCAGGUCAUAGAUGACACCAACAUGCACACUCUUGCUUCGGUUUCAACAAUGCAGAAGGCAGUUUUUGAAGAAUUCAACUACACAGCUGGUCCUACAGUUGAAGUAGCAAAGAAGGUUGGUGAAAUCAUUGCAAAGUCCUGUCUGGAGAAAGGGAUCACAAAGGUGGCCUUCGACCGAGGUGGAUACCCGUACCAUGGUCGUGUUCAAGCACUCGCAGAUGCAGCUCGAGAACAUGGCCUGGAGUUCUAAAAUGAUUAUGCACUUGCCAUGUAGUUCAUUUUGAAGUUUGUUAAUGAUUUAACAGUUCUUUUUAAGGGCAGUGCCUCUUUUCCGGUGACUUUGUUAUGAUCCAAUGUCUUCUUUCUUCUAUCCAUCUAUCUACAUAACAGUUCUUUCUAUUUCCA